UGGCCGAGAGAGGGCGCCCGCGCUGCGCAGCCAGCUGGAGAGCGCAAACCUCAAGCAGGGGAAGGCACGGGGUGUCCAUUGAGUUUGUAGUGAUAAAGCCUGUUUCGUGACCCAAAUAAUUCCCUCCCCCCUCAUCCCUCUUAUAAGGAGAAAAAGGGUUAGGAUUAUCUUGCUGGGCUAUAUUGCUGUCCCACCGUAUUUUUGAUUUUUUUUUCCCCCUCCCAUUAUAAACGCACAAGUGAGGACGGGGGAAGGCUAAAAAGCUGCAUAUUUUUGUCUUCUGAUUGCAAAGCACUAGGCUCUCUGGCCCUAACCCGAAAGGGGUUUCCAGUCAUCAUCGGGAUAAAAUACUUCGAGUGUUUAUGAAUAUGCCUACACACAAUCCAAAGCACGCCAGAGCACCUUUCAAAAGUAACGUGUGCGCCCUCACGGGGUACAAGAACCCAACCCUAUCUCCCUUGAAAAGCUGGAAGUUGGGGUCCUCCCAACCGGCGAGCGUUUUCACGUCUUGGGGCAGCCGGCGCCCUCGGUUUCCACGGGGUGCUAUCCACAGCUCAAGCAUAGUUUACUCGUCUGUCCUCAGUAAUACAACCAAACCCUGCAGAGUGAAAAGAAACUUUCAGCGGAAACGAAACAGAAACUGAAGGAGCCCGAAGAAGGUGACCAACAACAUUCACAGAGAACGCGCUCCACUAUUCCCAGUAGGAAAAACCACGGGGGAAAGAGACGUCGCGACGUGACGCGACGCGAGGUUUUUUCUACCCGUCUCUUAUUUGAAGCGAGCGCGCGGGAGGCCGUUUGGGGAGGGAGCUAGAGGCGAGACGGCGUCGGAGUCUGCGCAAUUGAUCGUGGAAGGCAGCGGCGAUCGCCCGCGUUCCUCGUACUGCGCAGGCGUGGCGAUUUUUCGAUUUCGCUGUCUGGGUUCUGCUCGGGGGAUCUUGCGGCUCUCCCGGCGGCCGUGCAGGGAGAUGGAGUGGUCUGUGAGAGACCGGCAGGGGCAGCGGCUUCUCCCGGGGGCCCCUUCUGGUGGUGCCCGUGCUCCUCCUCCUUCUCCCGCCCGUGAAAAUGGUCAGAGACUAUAUGAAUGUCCAAUGUGUCAGCUUGUUUGUGAUAACUAUCCAGUUCUGCAGGAACAUGUUGAACUGCACUUAGAGGAAUGCAGCUUUUUAGAAGGAAGACACUUGAGUGACUUAGAAUUAGCACAACAUCUCCAAGAUGAGGAAGAUAGGAAAAGAAGAGAAGCAGCAGCAAGACAAGAAAAAGAAGAUUUCCAAAAGCUACAGAGACAAUACGGCUUGGAUGGCUCUGGAGGGUAUAAGCAGCAGUCUCUAAAGUACAUGGAAAAGGAAGUGGCUUUUGGAAAAAUGCAACCAUCUGAAUAUCACAGGAGAAAGGCUGAUAUGAUGGAAUCUCUGGCUUUUGGCACUGAUGAUGGAAAGACAAGAACUUCAGGAAUUACUGAAGCUCUGUGCCAGUACUAUCAAAAUGAAUGUAAAGACGUAAAACAUGUGUGGCUUUCUACAGGAGUGGAUCACUUCCAUUGUUCUUCAGGAGACAAAGGCUGGGGCUGCGGUUAUCGGAACUUUCAAAUGCUGCUUUCUUCUCUCUUGAGAAACAGCCUCUAUAAAGACAGCUUAAAGGGAAAUACAUCAAUUCCUUGCAUCCCCAAAAUUCAGUCAUCAAUUGAAGAUGCCUGGAAAGAAGGUUUUGAUCCUCAAGGGGCGUCUCACUUCAAUGGCAGAUUACAGGGUACUAAAGCAUGGAUAGGAGCAUGUGAAAUUUAUUCACUGUUAACUUCUCUCAGUUUAAAGUGUCAAAUUAUUGAUUUUCACCAGCCAACUGGCCCUGCAGGAACACACCCUCGUUUGUUUGACUGGAUUCUGAACUAUUAUUCUUCUGAUAAGGAGAGUAGUGCAAAAGUUGUAUGUACCUCUAGACCGCCUAUCUACCUUCAGCACCAAGGUCAUAGCCGUACUAUCAUUGGGAUAGAAGAAAGAAAGAACAAAAAUUUGUGUCUGCUAGUAUUUGAUCCAGGGUGCUCCUCACAAGAAAUGCAAAAAAUGUUUAAAGGCAUUGAUGGGAACAGUCUCAGAUUACUUCGAAGAUUUCUGGGCAAUUUAAAACAUAAACAAUACCAAAUAGUGGCCAUAGAUGGAGUACUGUCAGAAGAGGAAAAAGUUGUUCAAAGGCAAGCUUCUCAACUCUUCACAGCUCAAAGGAUUCCUUGAAAUUAAAAAUUGAAAAUGACAGCAACAGAAAAGACCAAAGGAAGGAUUUCUGCUUUAAAUGUCUACUCUCUUUAGUAGUGUAUGUAAUAUCGUUUUAAUUAUGUACAAAUAAAUAUUUUGGGGGAAAGUCUCUAUAAUUCCUUUCUCUUGCACUAGAUUAUGGUGAGUACAACAAAAUGUCCUAAAUUAUCCAGUUAUUACUGAAUAAUUUUGAAAUUUGCUAAGGUUGAAACACGAAAUUUAGGCUAGUACUUUCAGUGUUUUCAAGAGAAAAACUAAUCAAACUACAAUAACAACAACCUAAUGAAGAUUUUUUGCUACCUUAGUUAGAAGUAUCACUCCUGUAACUGAAUGCAGCUGCAUUCUAAAUAUAUCCACGGUAAAAAGAAUUAUUUUAACUACUGUUAUUUCCAAGGAAACAUACUUUUAAGUUAGGCCACAAAACAAACACGAAAAAUGCCUCCCACUUGUGGGCAUGACAGACAGCAGGCUCUGCUACUCUAGUAACUGUAGCAGCGGAAAUGUAAUUGGCUUACUCCGUUGGGUGGGCUGUCUUUUGUUCCUCCUAUGGUUAAUAAAUCCUUUUAAGAGGAUGAAGAUUUGGUGGAUAUGUUUUUUUCUGGCGACCAUAAAUGAACUGGAGUUCAUGGUGAGGGUCCUCUGCUUCUAUAAUCCAUCCACUCAGAUGUCCGGGGCAUCCCAUAUUUUCCUGCUGAUUUGGCUUUUUAUUUUCCACAAAAAAAUUAAAACAAAAUUCUUAAAGAGGAAAAGACAACACACAGUUGUUUUAGGUGUGUUAGAAGCUUUCCAUCUGAAAACACUUGUGAAAGACAUAUAUCUGGCAAAGCAUCAUCUUAAUUCCUUACCUGCAGCUAAGAAAGAUAAUGAAAAGGCAGGAUGAGGGAAAGCAAGUGUGAACCAACUCUUUCUCUAACAGCAAUGCUAAAUUACUACUGUUUUCUCCAAAAGCAGAAGAAAUGUUGGGGAGAUACUGACUCAUUGACAGCCAAGAAUAAUUGAAAUGUCUGCGCGCGUCUAAAUCUAAUGUUAUUUAAGUAAAAGACAAUUGGAAUAAAAGUUUCAAGCAACACCA